GCUCCCCGUCAUGGCGGCUCAGACCCGGGCUCUGGUGUCCGGUCAGUGGCUGGCAGAUGCAGUCAGAAACAACCUGGUCGGACCCAAACUCCGCAUUCUCGACACUUCUUGGUACCUUCCAAAAACAAAACGAGACCCGAAAGCAGAAUUCGCGCAGAAGCACAUCCCGGGCUCCUCGUUUUUCUGCAUAGACGAGUGCAGCGAUAGGACCUCCGCGUUUGAUCACAUGCUGCCCACUUCCAGUCACUUCUCUCAGUAUGUUGGAAAGCUGGGCAUCGGUAAUGACACCCACGUAGUGGUUUACGACACCAGCGACUUCGGCUCCUACUGCGCGCCCCGGGUGUGGUGGAUGUUCCGGACGUUUGGGCACAGUUUGGUGUCGGUGCUGGACGGAGGCUUUAAAAACUGGCUAGCGGAUGGAUAUCCCGUGACUUCAGAGUACUCCAAGCCAGAGACGUUGGAGUUUAAGGCGACAGCGAAUCAAUCCUGGGUGAAAAGUUACGAAGACGUACUGGAAAACAUCAGAACUAAGCAGGUACAAGUGGUGGACGCCAGGUCUGCUGGGAGGUUCAGAGGGACCGAGCCGGAGCCCAGAGAUGACACGCUGCCAGGACACUUCCCCGGCACCAUCAACAUGCCAUUUCCUACAUUCAUGGACGCUUCCGGUAAAGAGCUUGCACCUGACGCCCUGUCUGGCCUGUUCAAAGAGGCAGGUAUAGACCUGGAGAAACCCCUCUGGGCCACCUGUGGUUCUGGUGUCACGGCGUGUCACGUUGCCCUGGCUGCUCACAUCCUCGGACACCCUGGGGUGCCCAUUUAUGAUGGCUCCUGGUCUGAGUGGUUUAAGAGGGCGUCUCCAGAGCUGAUCAUCUCAGAGGGAGAGGAGAAGAAGGUGUGAAUGAAAGAGGAAGGGAUCGUAUCCAUGGCCUUUUCUGACUGUGAUGCUAAUAGAUAGAAUAUGAUCCAACCAGCCUUAUAGUAUGCACUUUGUAUUUAAAUUGCAACAUUGCAAAGUAACUAAUGAUGUGUUAAUUGCAAAAAGGAUUGGGCUCCUUUAAUUAAACGAGGGGGUCUUGAGACCCUGUUACUUUCACUUUUCUGUUUUGUUUUUGAUGAAAAAGUACAGGAAAAACAAAAAAGGGUGAUCCUAUGACAUUAUUCAAAUCUUGAAAUGUCUGCAUACUCUGAGAAGGAAGGGUAGGGAGCCAUAUGCUGCACUAGUUCUAAACGAGUAGAACGGUAAUGGAAAUGGUAGUUGUAUUGAUACAAAGCUAAGUCAAAGCAUUCAGCUGUAACACCUAGUUUAGUCAUUGUUAUUAUUAUUAAACAUUUUCACCUUAAUAUGUCCAUGCAAUGCAAUGUACAAAAAAUGGGGGAUAUAUCUUAUUUUUAUGUCUUGCAGCAAAUAAAAUAUGUAUUAAUCUAUCAA